ACACUAAUCCAAAUAUGUUUCGGGAGCACUAUCAAGGACUCAAGGUAAUGCCGAAUAUGUUGAACAAGUAAAACCUUAAAGUCACAAACCUAUAUAUUAAGUUUUUUUGGUGUUUAGUGAGCCAUAAGGGCAGAUGAUGAAAGUCGAUCUCAAAAUUCCCUGAAAAUUGGGAAGGAGGCUCAAACCCUUGAGGUAUCAUCAUUCAUUCCCUCUCAUACAUCAAGUAGUAGGUACACCUUGAUAAAAUAUCAUAUAUGUUGGUCCAUGAAUCCCAUGAUCAGCUAGAUAUGAGUGGUAGCCUUGUACAGUUGUACAUAGGUGGAAUUAGAUAUAGUUUUAUAUGUAGUAUUAUAUCAUAUCAAUCAAUUUAUAAUUAUCAUUAUUAUUAACAAUAUUAUAGCCUAAAAUGAAGAUUAUGCUAUCAACAAUAAAGGGACAUAAUCAUAAAAGCAAAUCUCCAGUUUAGGAACAUAAGCAUAGAGAUUAGAGAUAGAAAGGAAACAAUCAAACAGAUACCUUUCAAUAUCAACUGAUAUCAUCAAAUUUCCAAAAUUUUCCUUCUUUUAAGAUUUACCUCCCUCAUAUUUAUUAUAUUUUAUUUAUUUAUUUUUAUUUAAGUAUAGGAUAGAUUGAUAUUUCUCGAGUUAAUAUUCUCUUUCAUUUCUUCCUCCUCUGUUUUUUUCCUCUGUUUUUUUUUAGAGAGAGAGAAUAAUGACAGGAGUUUCAGGGGAAGAAAGCGUAAGUCUAGACCUUUUGAGGCAAAAGAUGAGAGAUUUUGCUAAGGAAAGAGGCUGGGAACCUUAUCAUACUCCUAGGAACCUUCUUUUGGCUCUGGUGGGAGAAAUGGGAGAGCUAUCGGAGAUAUUCCAAUGGAAAGGAGAGGUAGAAAGAGGUCUGCCAAACUGGAAAGAAGAAGAGAAAGUUCAUCUUGGUGAAGAACUCUCUGAUGUUCUUCUGUAUUUGAUUCAACUCUCUGACAGUUGUAACAUUGAUCUUGGCCAAGUUGCUCUUCGCAAACUUCAGCUUAAUGCUGUUAAGUAUCCUGUUAGCAAAUAACUUCUUGAUGUAACCCUAAAACUAUUAGACAUGUAGUUAUAUUAUGACUAUUGCAUUGUUUAAUUUCCAUUGCUAUAUAAUUGAUGGAAACUUUGAUUCUGUUC